GCCGUCAUCAAUACUGGCAACAUCAGUGAACAGUUUUGUUUGUCCUGCUUGUCUUGCCUGUUUCGGAACCAAUCUCUUCACGUUCGGAGUGUAUGAAUUAUUCGUCAUAUACAUGAAAACGUAGCAUUUCUUUCCAAUUUGAAAUGACUAUAGCUAUGCGAGUGGUGGCAGCAAUUUGAAAGAAAGCAGCAUAAAAGGCUCAUUAGACAAAAUCCCACGCCAAGCGAGUGAUUGUAUGUGUGGCGCGUGCAAAUUUACACAGGUGUGUGUAUUUGUGUGUGUGUAUCAGCAGGUGCUGUAUAGAAAAAAAGGAAAUUAGUUUUUCGUGCAUCCCGUCGUGUGUUUAUUGAUUUCUCGAAGAGGUCGGGUUUUGUAAGGUUUACGGCCUACAACUGCAAAAUAGUUCCCACAGGCGCGGUAGAGCUGAACCGUGUUCGAAUAUACUCGCUAAAUUCUACCCACACGAAGAUUAACUAAUUCAACUGCAGCCAGAAGCUUGAACAAUGACACAAAUGGCUCAAGAGGAAAUUGUCUCGAACACCAAAACGGUCAUGCAGGGCUUGGAAGCUCUUCGUGUAGAACAUGUAACUCUGAUGAAUAACCUGUCGGAGGGCAGCAAAACCGAUCCGGAUAAGAUGGAAAUAGUGAAGAAGAAUAUGGAGAACAUUGAGCUCGGACUGAGCGAAGCACAGGUUAUCGUAAUGCUGUUUGCACAUCUUCAAAACAUCGAAGCCGAAAAGCAAAAACUACGCACACAGGUGAAACGAUUGUGUCAGGAAAAUGUGUGGUUGCGUGACGAGCUGGCUAUCACGCAGCAAAAGCUGCAAACCUCUGAACAGAGCGUUGCCCAGUUGGAAGAAGAAAAGAAACAUCUAGAGUUUAUGGCCUCGGUCAAAAAGUACGACGAGAUACAGGAAAAUGAAGACAAUUUGGAAAAAUCGCGUACAGAUCCGGUGGUGGAGUUGUUUCCGGAGGACGAAACGGAGGAGCGAAACAACAUGUCGCCAACGCCGCCGAAUCAAUUUGCGAAUCAUGCCAAUGCAGGAUACGAAAUACCGGCUCGUUUGCGAACUCUACACAACUUGGUCAUACAGUAUGCAUCGCAAGGACGAUACGAGGUGGCCGUGCCGCUGUGCAAACAGGCGUUGGAGGACCUCGAGAAAACCAGCGGGCACGAUCAUCCGGAUGUAGCUACGAUGUUGAACAUACUGGCACUGGUAUACAGAGAUCAGAACAAAUACAAGGAAGCAGCCAACCUGCUGAACGACGCCCUUACCAUUCGAGAGAAAACGCUUGGUGAGAACCAUCCAGCCGUAGCUGCCACGUUGAACAACUUGGCCGUAUUGUACGGUAAGCGCGGCAAGUACAAGGAUGCGGAACCGCUGUGCAAACGUGCACUAGAAAUAAGAGAAAACGUACUCGGCAAAUCGCAUCCCGAUGUUGCCAAGCAGUUGAACAACUUAGCACUCCUUUGCCAAAACCAGGCAAAAUAUGAAGAAGUGGAAAUGUACUACAAGCGUGCGUUAGAAAUUUACGAAAUGAAAUUGGGUGGUGAUGAUCCGAACGUAGCGAAGACCCUCAACAAUCUUGCCAGCUGUUACUUGAAACAGGGCAAAUACAAAGAAGCAGAAAUGCUGUACAAGGAGGUGCUAACGAGAGCACAUGAACGGGAAUUUGGUGCAAUUAAUGGGGAAAACAAACCCAUUUGGCAGGUGGCCGAAGAACGGGAAGAGAACAAACUGAAGAACCGCGAAAACACGCCUUACGGCGAGUACGGUGGAUGGCAUAAGGCGGCCAAGGUCGACUCGCCCACCGUCACCACGACCCUGAAAAAUCUCGGUGCUCUGUAUAGACGGCAGGGCAAGUACGAAGCCGCCGACACGUUGGAAGAUUGUGCUCUCCGAAGCAAGAAAGAGGCAUUGGAUUUGGUGAAACAGUCGAAAGUGCUCGGUGUAGCGGAAGAUAACAAACGCCAGAAGAGCGGCAACAGCAAAGAUGAUAAUGAUGAUCACAACAAACGUGUGCACAAAUAGCGGGCAUUUCGCUGACGCUCGCCCUAUUUUAAAUGCUAAUCCAGCAGAACGAAUUAUACUAGCCGAUUUAAACAUUCAGCAAGGUGACAGAGUAUAGCAUAGCGAAGUGGGGGAGAAGGUGCAGUGGCUGUCCAUUUCCAAACGCUGAUCCAAACCUUCGGUCCAUCUCAUCGCAAUUCAUCUCAGUGGUCGCUUGUUCAUGUCAGCUGUUUAUUUUGUUUUAUUUGUUUAUUUGUACUUCGAUCCAUUUCGUAAAUGAUAACUAUUUUUGCUUAUUAUUUUUUCCUUUCCUUUUCUGUCUGACUCUUUCUCUAUUUCUCUCUCUCUCUUUCCCUCUUCCUCUCUCUCUUUGUUUCUCUCUCUCAGACAUGCACACACACACACACACACACACAUACACAAUUUCUCUCUCCCUCAUGUGGAAUAAAAUCUACGCAAGAGGAAAUGUUUGAUGUAAAAAACUUGCAAAGCUUAGAGGUACCCGCCCUAAUUAAAAUCAUUUUGCUUACAAUACAACACAAAUUCGACGCAGCAUAGCAUAUGCGAUUUUUAUAUCAUCCGACUUAUUCGCUAACAAUAGCGAACAGGUUUUCGGGUUAGCAUUGAACGCAUAACUUGUGAAAAAUAAAAUGAGAAAUAAAAACAUAACAAAUGGAAGCUUACAGACGGAUAAUUAAACCGUAAAUAAGAAUUGAGAUAACCAGGGCGACCAUAAGAAAGUGAACAAGCUGGCAAUAGAGCAUGGGACAAAGUUAAACAUGCAAUGGAAAAGAUUAAACAACUAGCGAGAAAUAAAGAGCCGGAGAGAGAAAAAGAGGAACCAAGAGAGAGAGAGAGAGAGAGAGAGAGAAAGAAGAAAAGAAGAGCGAGGAGGAAAAAGAAAGAGAAAAAUAGAUGCAAGAAGAAAUACAUAUAUUGGAAGGAAUUGUUCUAUUUAUCAUACAUGUCAGGACGAGCCAAGUAUAACAGUUGAAAGGAACUACGCGCUUUUGAUAAUAAAACAAAACUGCAUACCAAUUAUUUAAUCAUUUCCAAAGUAAUAUGUAAGACAGACACGCGUAUAAAAGCAUUCGACAUAAAUUUUUGCUUGUGUUUUCCGCCUAUUUGGAGUUCUAAAAAAUAA